AGACAUGGCUAGCUCUAUUCAAUAUAUCCUCUUCUCUACCUUCUUAUUAUUCCUCAUUGCUCCUUCUUUGGCUAAACAAUCUUUCAGGCCAAAAGCACUAGUUGUUCCAGUCUCCAAAGAUGCCACCACUCUUCAAUACAUUACACGUAUUAACCAAAGAACCCCACUUGUUCCAAUAAGCCUAGUGGUUGAUCUUGGUGGCCAAUUUUUGUGGGUUAAUUGUGAGCAAAAUUAUGUGUCCUCAACAUACCACCCGGUCCGUUGCCACUCGGCCCAAUGCUCACUUGCUGGAGCUAGUGGCUGUGGGGAUUGCUUCUCAGCCCCUAAGCCAGGCUGCAACAACAAUACAUGUGGUGUCAUACCUGGCAACACUGUGACGCACACCGCCACGAGCGGUGAACUUGCCACGGAUGUUGUGUCGGUCCAAUCAACCAGCGGGUCAAACCCAGGCCAGGUUGUGACCGUGCCACGUUUCCUUUUCUCAUGUGCACCUACUUUCCUAUUGAAAGGUCUUGCUAGGGGGGUUUCAGGCAUGGCUGGACUAGGCAGGACUAGAAUUGCAUUCCCUUCACAAUUUGCUUCUGCCUUUAGCUUCCAUAGGAAAUUUGCAAUUUGCUUAUCAUCCACAACUUCAACCGCUUCACCAGGAGUUAUGUUCUAUGGAGAUGGGCCUUAUGUACUACUUCCUAACAUUGAUGCUUCUCAAUCCCUCACAUACACCCCACUAUUUAUCAACCCUGUAAGCACAGCCUCAGCCUAUUCACAAGGAGAGCCCUCAGCUGAGUAUUUUAUUGGUGUGAAAUCUAUCAACGUAAGUGAAAAAGUUGUCCCGAUAAACACAAAAUUGCUCUCAAUUGAUAGUAAAGGUUUUGGUGGGACUAAGAUUAGCACUGUCAACCCUUACACUGUCUUAGAGACUUCCAUCUACAAUGCAUUGACAAAGGCUUUUAUCAAUGAGGCUGCUGCCAGGAACAUCACUAGGGUGGCUUCCGUGGCACCAUUCGACGUGUGUUUCAGCUCAAAGAACGUGUUUAGCACAAUUCUUGGGCCUUCUGUGCCUACAAUCUAUCUUGUUUUGCAGAAUAAGAAUGUGUAUUGGAGCAUAUUUGGUGACAACUCAAUGGUACAGGUUAGUGACAAUGUGCUGUGCCUCGGAUUUGUAAAUGGAGGCAAAAAUCCCAGGACUUCAAUCGUUAUUGGAGGGCACCAGUUGGAGGACAAUCUCUUGCAGUUUGAUUUGGCAAAAUCAAGGCUAGGCUUUAGCUCUCUUCUCUUUGGUAGACGAACUACAUGCUCAAACUUCAACUUCACCUCCAACGCCUAGAGGGUGCUUAUGAAUCGACAGAGAAUUAUUUUCUGUAAUUCUAUGAUAUAUUUGUAUGUGUUACAGUCUGAAUAAUUAAUUGGGUAUAUAGCCCAAAAAUCUUUGCUUGAUAUGAUUUUUGAAUAAUAAUAAAGAGUUUGAUGUUUGUAUAA